AAUUUGUGUGAUUAUUACAAUAGACUAUGGAAUCAAAAGUUAAAAACAAGAGAGCUACCAGCGAUAAUGAUUCAUCUUCUGAGUCAAGUGAUAAUGAAGACAGCUAUGAUGAAGCUGUAGAAGAAAGUGAAAAGUUUGAAGAUAUAAAUGUAGAGUUUGAAGCUGAGAUGCCUUUUGAAGAAGAUUUUCAUGGAAUAAAGCAGCUACUACUCAAUGUUUUUGUGACACUUCAUGUUGAUAUUUCUGAGCUUUGUGAAUUGAUAAUAAAUCAAGAAAAUGUUGGCAGCACAAUGAAGAUAGCUGAUGAAAAAGAUAGUGAAGUCUACGGCAUCUUUACAGUUCUCAGCUUCAAAAAAUAUGGGGAAAAAAAAUGCAUACAACAACUUCAAAAAGAGCUAUUAUCAAAGGCAAAAAGCUGUGGAAAGAGUGAACAGUUAGCAGAAAUGUUUCAAAAUAAGAAUGUUGCUUAUGUUAUCAACGAACGGUUUAUAAAUUUACCUGGUCAAAUUGCAGUACCUUUUCAUAAAUCGCUUAUACGUGAAGUUGAGGAAGCAAAAAAAGAGGAUUCAACAUUUGAAUUAGAUUAUUUACUUCUUAUUUCAAAAACUUUACAACCAGCAAAUUGUGAAUCAAAAAAAAAGAAGAAAAAGAAAAAAGAAGAAGAAUCAAUAGAAUAUACAAACUUUGAAGAUGAAGUUUUUUUCAAAGCGAGUGAGUUUCACUUUAAUUAUUGUGUUACCGAAGCAACUGGACUUGCUGCAAGUGGCGGGUGGAAUUUCUCUGAUAAAACUAUGGACACUUAUAGAACUGUAAUUGUUGUUCCUGUCAAAAAUUGGAAUAAAAUUGUUAAAGACAUUGCUGAAAUGGUUGAAGAAUAGAAUAUAAAAGAUUUUAAAAGAAGUUUUGUAAAUGGUUAAAUGAGAGUUCUACAAACUCUAAGAUCAUUUCUGCAACAUGAGCUCAUUUCAAACUGUCAUCAUGAGUUUGUUGUUGUCAAUCAAUUAGCCAAAGUUUAUCAAAUAAAAUAAUGAGUAGGCUGUAAUAACUCUUGGAUAAAAAUAUGAAAAAAUUAGGAAAUUUAUAAA